AGUCCAAAUGUUUCCUGAACGUCUCUAAGGAAUGCUUUGUGUUUUUCUCCUGAGAAGGCUAUCCUGGUAUCCUAUUGUUGAUAAACUCUGCUUUAUCUUGUUGUAAGAUUGUGCACAUUGUAUAAUGAUGUUGGCAGCUGCUAUUUGAUAUAUAUAUAUAUAUCAGAGACCACCCACGUGAGUCACUUUAUGCCAAAUUAAAAUUAAUCAAAUCAUCUUCCUUGACCUCCCAUUCUCUGCCAUCUGCCCACAACAACAGUGUGAAGGAUGGAGGGAGAUACUGAGAAAGAGACAGCAGAGGAGAAGGAGAGUGAUGACACAGAGCUGUCUGGUGAGGAAAGGGCGGGGCGACUUCAUCAGAAUGGAGGAUCCUCGGAGGACGACCAGGACCUACCCAUCAUGCAGUGGGGGGACCUGAGCCUGCGUAUCGCCGAGCUGGAGAAACAGGAGGAGGAGAGGAGGGAGAGGUUAAAGAGUACGAGUGGGUCGGAACAGGGGAGUGUGUCAGGGGGCUGGGCGGAGAAGAGGCAGGAUGGGCUGCGGAGGAGAGAGGAAUGGCAGGAGGAGGACUACGGAAGGUGUCGAGUAACUGUUGUCUCAUCUAGAUUCCACAACCACAAAAAUCUACAGUUAUGCUACACCAACAACAGUGAGAGCGAGGAUGGUGAUGAUGAGGAGGAGGGGGCUGGCAAAGAGGGUUCUAUAGAGGCAGGUAGCCGUGGUUACCAUCCCUCUGGCCUGAAGCUGGAGGUGAGGGCCGCACUGAGUGCGCUCAAAAACAAGCUGCUCGCUGAACAGAAAGAGAAGGAGCACCUCGCCUGCAGUAGUGUGAUCACUAAGAGGAAGCAUCUGGAAUGCUGUGACCUGCAGAUCUGCUCAAUACAGCAGCUCAACUCCAUCAGGACCUCACUUAACUAUGGCAUACACAACCUGAGCUCAGAGUUGGUGGGUCACCUGUUGAUAAGAGACCAGCUGAGGACCAAACAGGACGCCAUGCUCCUGGACGUACAGGAUCUGACAUAAUCCUGACCCACAGGUGCACAGGAUGUGACAUCAUCACUGCCAUGGACAGGGUACUAGGACAGGAAGUCAUUGUGACCAAUAGUGCAUAAAGUGAUUCUGUCCAGGAUUUGCCACUAUGAGACUGUCAGAAUUGUUGCCAUAGUAGCCUACUCAACAUGAUUUUUCAUAAAGGAGAAAUGUUGAGGAUGAACACUGAUGAGCAACAUCUUGGACCGGCGUCAUAAUACAAUCCAUAUUACACAGACAGGGUAUGGAUAACUUUCUCUUCAUCAUCCCCACCUGAUCUUGACCAGCAUAAUCUGCAUCAUCAUUAUUGGAGAGAGUACUGUAUUAGGACCUGUUUUGACUUAAGCAUGCACUUAACCAAAAAUAUUUCAUAUCAGAAAGAGGGUUUUAAGCCAUUUGUGAUGUUGUUUGAAACAUCUCUAAUAAUAUCUGACUCCUAGUCUGUUGCCUGUGGUAAGCAAGUCCUAUUUAUCUUGGGGGUGUCAGACGGAGAACCUUCACAGCCAUAGUGUAACCCAACAUUCAAUGAGUUAUAUCAUUUACAUAUGAGGGAUACCAGCUUUUGCACACGUUUUAUUGUGUAAACAUUGCAAUAUCCUUGACUUACUAAUAUAAGGGAAUUGUCCACUUAGAGCCUGUAUAAAACAAGCUAAGGAGUUACAUAUUCAGGCUAAAUGGAACUGUCCUGUAACCAUUUGGUUAUUUGUUGCUAAUUAUCCUCUAUUAUAAGUAAUAUAAGCAUCAUGUAGUUGUUGAUGUAAGGGAAUUGUCUGCAUAGUGCCAAUAAGCCUGUGGGUAUUGACAUGAUGUAUUCGGACUCUUAUGAUAUACCUAGGUGGUUUGCCGCCAUAACUAUAACUACCAUCAGCAUAGGAAACCACAAAGCUGCUAUUGGGUGAUUGAGUCCAUGCCAACAUAGGCCGAAAAUAUUUUGAGUUUCUCCGAUUGUUCUGGCAAUUCUCACAUAGAAACUUCAUUGGGAUGAAGGAUGUUUGAUGUGCUUUUUACAUUUGUAACAAUGAAGGAGAAGCUGAGGGAUUUCAAUUUUUGAAAUUCAUGAUGAAAGUGGUCAGUUUAGGCCCUUUGUAAACCUAUGCAUGACAACACCUUGGUGUCAUUAUACCCCUAAUAGCUCUAAAAUAUGGACUAUCGUUACAUUCUGAAAUACAAUUUUACACAGAAUUUAUUCAAGAUUAAAACUAUUAAUAUUAAUCUCAAAAGUGCCCUUUUUGAUUUUGUUCAUUUUUAGACAUUGUUUUAAACAAUAUACUCUACAAGUAUCACAUUUCCAGAGUGGGCUCUCUGCUACUUUUAAAGUUAUGAUUCAAAGGGAGCUUCUUCUGCUGGUGAUUUGCUGAAUGUGCAAUCCUACAGGAGGGCUGUGAUUGGUUAAUGACCUAUAAUGUCAAUU